AUGGCCAAAAUAGAUGUGCGCAAGGAUUACUAUGGGGAUUUGGGGAUUGGCCCGAGUGCCAACACGGAGGAAAUCAAGAAACAAUUCAGGAAGCUAGCCUUGAAGUACCACCCCGACCGAAACCCUGGCAAAGAAGCAGAGUACAUUACAAAGUUUCAGGCGAUCCAAGCAGCUCACGAAAUCCUGAUCGAUUCCCAACAACGACUAAAAUAUGACACCGAGCGGUUACGCGCUGGGUACGGAAGACUCUACGCACCGCCCUCACAGAGCUCUUCCCGCCGAGCAAACACAUCUUCGGCUGCUGCAUAUGCUUCUGCUGCGGCGGCUGCGAAGGGCUCGACGCCCAAACCGGCCCGACCUACCUCGUUCCAACCUCCUCCUCCUUCAGGAAGUGCGCAAAGAUAUGCAAGCUACGCCAAAGCCGCGCCCCAGCAGCCGUACGAGAAGGCCUACGAACAACAACAAGCUCGAGCAGAUGCGUUUAGAGGGUUUCAGGCUAUGCCGGGCUGGGCCAAGUUCAACCCUACGAAUGGUAAACCAGGUCCCCCGCCGCCGCCUACACGAAGCAACACGACGGCAGGCUCUCCUGGUCAGUCAUCUCGCAGGUCGGCAUAUGAACAUAUGAACAACCGACCACAUCCAGCCGCGUUUGGUCGUUCUGCCACCACCAAGAAAAAGCAGGGAUUUGCGCCAGGAAAUCCGGGGGGAGACGAGCCCAUGGCGCGGAAUGUAUCGGCCUACUUGAACACGCCUCGCGCUGAACGGACGUCGGCUUUUUUCGAUAGUGUUCCUUCACCAACUGCAAGAAGAACUCCGGCCUCUUCACGUCCAGCAACCCCCUUGGAGGACCCGGCCCCGGAAUUCGAACGAACAAGCUAUCCGUAUGCGAGAACGGGUGGUGAACGAACGUACUUUAACAGUGCAGGCCUGGCUCGUGCCUAUAGCAUGCGUGACUCGUCUAGGGUUCGAUCACGUACCAACCCGCCCAGCCCUACAUCGCCCGUUUCGAGCAGACAUCGCAGUGCGAGCCCGGCCCAGAAACCGUCCUUUUCUUCAUCCUCGUCGAGCGAAAGCAGUGAAGAGGAAACAGAUAGUGAGGCCGAUAUUCCGACUUUUGUACCUCGCCAAAAGGCAACUCCAAGGAGCCGACUGCGGCCUAGCCAGAAGAAGUUCCAUUUCCAGGGUUCCGGAUCAGGUGAGGACAUACCAGGCCAUUCCAAGGCUCCCCAAUUUCGAAAUACCCGGCGGUUGCGAAGCCACUUUGGAGAAGACCGGCGUCAUAGCGACCAUGAAUUCCAGGGACACAGUACUGACAGUGAUCACUAUCAAGGACAUGACUCGGAUAGCGCCGCCUUUGUUUUCAAGGCUCCGCAGUACACCAAUUCCAUGGAUCCUACUCGCCAGGGAAACUCCGGAGUGUUUGGACUUAAUGAGAGAAAUCAAAAUGCUGAAUAUACGGCAAAUAACGGUACUAAAAGUAGAAGCCACGACAACCUGAGCCAGAAAUUCUCUGCAAGCGCAUGGGGCAAUGUACUCAAUUCACUCAACACACACGAGCCGGAUUUAUUCGGGCCCAAUAGAGCCAACGGACACCGGCGUAGCCGAUCACGAACAUCGCCAACGCGUGGGAGACCUGAAAUGAGGACCAACGCGGAGACCUCCUCAAGUGAAGAAGCCGCGAGACAGCAGGCAUCCGGGGCAUGGAUGAAAUCACAGUUUUCUGCAGAGGCAUGGACUCAGCAUUUACAGAAUACCACCUGGGCAACGCUAAACCCCAACCCGGGGGCGGGCCGGUCACAGUCUCAGUCCCAGCCAAAAGCAAAUACUGCAAGGUCGGGGCGAAAGAUCUCACGGCCUACGUCGCGGACAACAAGACCACAACAACCAGCCGUGUCAACAGAGGCGGAGGAAAACGAGGCAACGGUGCCUAACCCGCCUCAGAAGGUUUCGACGCCAAUGUCCGAUGCAAUGGACAUUGAUGAAGAGUCCUCUCAACCAGCAAAGGCUCCGGUCAAUGGAGUCAAGCGGUCACAGCCGCUGGCCUCGAAGCCCCUCAGAGGUGGCGUGCCUAUAGGCAACGCGGGAAAGACAUCGGAGCAAGCUAGCAAUUCGCUGAACUUGGGCCCUCUUCAUAACGUGGCCCCGUUUACAGACACCAACAGUGGCGGCAUUGGUGAUCUAAAGGAUAUGUUUACAACGCUGCCCUUUGAGUCUCGUGCCAAUGACCCGAAUGCCAAGCGUGGCAUGGCCCAGAAUCGAAAAUUCGACCUACCCUCGCCGCCUGUGCGGCCUCCUAAGCCAGCCAUUGAAUCUCCUAACGGGGACCCGCGUAACAUGGUGCUCCCGCGCCAAAACUGGGAACUUUACGUCAGGCAGAUCAACGCCUACAUGACGGAAUGGAAUAACUUCCAGAGACAGAUGAUGCAGAUAUUCACGGUGCGGCAAGAAGCUUUCGAAAGCGGCCUCGCGCCUCGAUGGGUGGAUGCGAUUGGGGACUCGAUUCAAUUGAACGUUGGAGCAUCAGAGCCCGAGAGUGACUCUGGCUGGGGUGACACGGAUGGUAGUGAGGCUGGCAACCAGGCCGAGAUACUGAUCCCGAAACAUCCUCAUGGUGGCUACAAGGCAUACGCCAACGCGCUCGAAGAGCACGCGAGGAUACGUACCCAUUGGGAAAUUGCGUUCGAACGGCACCAGGAAUGCAUUAUGCAACUGGGCGAGAUUCGGAAAUGGAUACGGACCCGAGGGAAGAUCGUGUGA